AUGGAAUGGAAGAAUCUCUUCCCAAUCUUCUUGUUUGUUCUUGUAGGCUUUGUUUUUGUCUCUGCACAAGAAUGUGGGAGAAAUGGGUUUUUUACACCACAGGAUAGGUAUGACACAAACCGAGGCCUUCUCCUCUCUUCUCUUCCUUCCAAUGUUUCAGCUCGAGGCGGCUUCUUCAACACUUCGAUUGGCGAAGGAACUGAUCAAGUAUACGCUCUUGGGAUGUGCAUCCAAGGUGCUGAGCCAGAGGUUUGCUCCAACUGUAUCAACCUUGCUUCUAAAGCAACGUUAGAGAAAUGUCCGAACCAGACAGAAGGUCUCGCCUGGCCUGAAGAACGGAUUCUCUGUAUGGUACGGUACUCAAAUAGCUCGUUCUUCGGAUCACUCAAGACAGAGCCACAUUUUUACAUCCACAAUCAGGCAGAUAUCAGAUCCAAUCUAACAGAGUUUGAUCAAGUGUGGGAAGAGUUAGCUGGUCGUAUGAUAGACAGUGCUACUUCACCAUCGUCUAAAAGCAAGUACUACGCAGCUGACAUAGCAGCCUUAACGUCUUUCCAGAUUAUAUAUGCGUUGAUGCAAUGCACUCCGGACUUGUCUCUGGAGGAUUGUGGUAUCUGUUUAAGACAGAGUGUUGGUAACUAUGAAUCAUGCUGCCAUGGGAAGCAAGGUGGCAUCGUGUACCGGGCCAGCUGUGUUUUCCGGUGGGAGUUGUUUCCUUUCUCUGAGGCUUUUAGUGGCAUUACGUUGGCACCUCCAGUAGAUAACAUGACCAAGAAAGGUAGCAGAACAAUCUCAACAGGAAUCGUCGUGGCAAUUGUUAUUACCAUUGUUAUUAUUAUCUUCUUGUUACUGCUUGGGCUAGGAUGUUUUGUUUAUAGGAGGAGAAAGUCAUACAGAGUGUUAGGUCCCCAAGGAUCAGGUACUGAUAUCACUGUUACACACGCACUGCAAUUCGAUUUCAAAGCGAUUGAAGCGGCCACAAAUAAAUUUUCAGAGAGUAACAUAAUUGGUCGAGGUGGAUUUGGAGAUGUUUUCAAGGCUGUUAUUAACGGGACAGAAGUUGCAACUAAGAGGCUUUCAAAAGAAUCAGGACAAGGUGCAAGAGAGUUCAAGAAUGAGGCUGUUCUUGUGGCAAAGCUUCAGCAUAAAAAUCUGGUUAGGCUUCUUGGAUUCUGUGUGGAAGGAGAUGAAAAGAUACUUGGCUAUGAGUUUGUGCCUAACAAAAGCCUCGAUUACUUCCUUUUUGACCCUUCAAUACGUGAUCAGAUGGACUGGAAAACACGGCACAAAAUCAUCGGUGGAAUUUCUCGAGGAGUUCUUUAUCUUCACCAAGAUUCACGGCUCACGAUCAUACACCGUGACCUGAAAGCCAGUAACAUUCUCUUAGAUGCGGAUAUGAAUCCGAAAAUUUCAGAUUUUGGAUUGGCAACGAUCUUUGGGAUGGAGCAAACUCGAGGCAGCACUAAUAGGAUUGCAGGAACCUAUGCUUACAUGUCUCCUGAGUAUGCAAUGCAUGGUCAAUACUCCAUGAAAUCAGACAUUUACAGCUUUGGAGUCUUAAUUCUCGAGAUUAUAAGCGGCAAGAAAAACAGUGGCGUCUACCAGAUGGAUGAAACUAGUACUGCUGGAAACUUGGUCACUUAUGCUUGGAGGCUCUGGAGAAAAGAGUCGCCAUUAGAGCUAGUGGAUCCAGCCAUUAGAACUAACUAUCAGAGUAAUGAAGUCGCUCGAUGCAUCCAUAUCGCGCUCUUAUGUAUUCAAGAAAAUCCAGAAGACCGUCCAAUGUUAUCAACUAUCAUCUUGAUGCUUGGUAGUAACACAAGCACUCUACCAUUGCCUUGCCUACCAGGUUUUUUCCUAGGAAGCAGGCAAGUGGUGAAAUUAGAUUCAAGUCAGUCCACAGGAAGAUCUGUUCCUUGUUCUGUUAAUGACGUGUCGAUUACUGAUUUAACGCCUCGUUGA